AUGGACCCGCGCAUUUCAUCGAACAACUUCAACAUCUUCGGGCUGCGCCGCGCCGCCGAGUACUUGGAGAUGACGGAGGACCUGGAGGAGGGCAACCUCAUCUUCAAGACGGAGGCGUUCCUCAGCUACGUGGUGCUCUCCUCCCGGCGCGACUCCAUCGUGGUGCUCAAGAGCUGCGAGGGCCUCUCGCCGUUGGCAGAGAACCUGCAGAUCGUGCGCCGCUGCAGCGAGUCCAUCGCAUGGAAGGCCUGCGCCAACCCGGCGUCUGCUGGGCCUACAUCGGCGCCACCAGUGGCCGCCCGCCCAGGAGCGGCGCCGGCACGGCGAGCCCCCGCUAGAACACCGUCGUCGUCGGCGACGCCGGCUCCAAGGAGUCCAGCCCUGGCCGGCAGCCCGUGCCGCCCGCCCGACUGGUGGUUCAAGGAUGACGCGCCCCACGUCGUCGGCGGCGGCGUCGACGAGCAGCGGGCACAGGUCUCGGCUGCCGGCGGUCUCCACAUGAUCAUCGCCGGCCCGGGUGGCAAGGACGACGUGGCCACCAGCGUGCCGGCGCACGAGCAGUGCAUGGUGGUGGAGAGCCUCAUCAUCAUCAUCAUCCCGCUGCAGCGGGACAACGUCUCCUGCGGCUUCCUCCUCCGCGUGCUCCGGCUCGCCAUCAUGCUCAAGACCGCCCCGGCGCUCGUCACGGAGCUGGAGAAGCGGGUCCGAAUGCAGUUCGAGCAGGCGGCGCUGCCCGACCUCCUCAUCCCCUCCGCCGGCCGCGCCGACACUGCCUACGACGUCGACCUCAUGAAGCGGCUCGUUGAGCACUUCCUGGUGCAGGAGCAGACGAAGCAGGUGCCGUACAGCGCGGGGCGUGGGGAGGCGCACGCGCAGCCGGAGAGGGAGUACUACCGCUCCGCCGCCGACCGCGCCCGCGAGCAGCGCGGUGAGCGCCGACGCGGCUCGCGCUGA